AUGCUCGCACCGGCGGUACCAGAGAUCAUCGAAGAUGACGAUAUCGGUUUGGCAGUAGAUGCGCGAACGGAGAGUCUGCCCGGCUUGCGCGAGUUGGGCCCUCCUGACCUGGUCCAUUUGGUCAAGCAAAGUACCAAGGCUGGCGCCAAACAGACGGGAGUAUACCACCAUGUGACGGGUGUCGACGCCUCCUCUUCCGCCAGUCUGGCCGCCUAUGUCAACACGCUGACGUUCAAUCCCUCGGACAAGACACACAAGGUUGUGUCCGGCCUGUACUGUUGCUACAAUGCAUUUUCGCAUCUGGACAUGCGGGUGGAGGUCAAGAUCCCUGGAAGUGUAGAAAGCUACUGCGUGGAUGAAAGAGGCGACCGGCGAGUGGCGACGGAAGGACUCUGGCUGGAAACAUUCCUCUGUGCCGUGCUGCGCGCAUACUCCUAUUCCGACGACGGGAGUGGCGACACUAUCAAGAAGAUAAUAGGUGUUAGAAGGUUCAACCCGAUCACCAACACGGAGCAGGAACAUCGGUUCUUCGAGGCUGCGGAAAGACUCUUCUUCAGCGGCCGCCAACUCGGAUCAGAUCCCGAGAUUCAGAUUCCCAACCUUGUUUCCAACCAUCUCACUGCUGGGCUUCUUAAGUACAUCAGAACUACUGGACGGUAUGCUUCAGGUGUGAACUUGUUCGAAAAACUGCGCACAAAGGAUGUGGAAGUGUCCUCACUUCUGGCAAGGGUGCUUCUCGAUGGCGACGAAGAAGUCCAAGCCGUCCGCCUGUUGCACGACGCUUUGCAGGAUGUGCCGAUGGACUAUGCUCUCCUCGACUGUCAAGCAGCCUUCUGCCAGAGCAAAGGCGAAUUAGAAUGGGCUCUUGAGUUGGCGAAGCAAGGCGUCACGGCAGCUCCGAGCGAGUUCAGCACCUGGGCACGCUUGGCCGAGGUUUACGUUGAUCUGGAGCAGUGGGAUCUGGCACUCCUUACUCUCAACUCUUGUCCAAUGUUCUCAUACCAAGAUAAGGAUUCGCCCCGGAUGCCGGAGCCAAGCCGGGUCCUUCUGCCAAUUCUCCCGGAAAGCGCUUUGGAUGAGAUUGAUGAGGGUCAGCCUCGUCAAGGAGAGCCAUAUGACUCUGUACACGUGUCGCUACGAAAACUGCAAGCCGCUACUUACCAGGGCACCUUCUUGAAGGCAUACAGUUUGCUUACGCGGAUUGCUGCAUCCAUCGGGUGGGAUUCACUGCUGAAGACCCGCAGUCAGGUCUUCGUCAUGGAGGAGGAAUAUCGUUCGGAGAGACAACACUCGAUAACGCCAAAGAUGCCCUCCAGUAAGAACGCGAGCACGAUCGCUCUCUCUGGGACCCCCAAUGGACAGCCACAAGCCAGCAACGGUGAAGGCUCAGAAGACGGUUCCGGCGAAGAUUCUGCGGCCGAGGACGAGAAGACGCUCACCCAGGGGGCCUCGACAACGCCUAAAGCCAACGGAGACAAUGACGAGAACCCCAUGGUCAGGGCUGAUCAAUCGAUGGAAAAGCCAGUCCCCACCGUGGCUGCAGCGGAGGUGAAAUCGGGUAACGACGACGCCGAGGCCAAUCACUCACACUACCCCAAAUUCCAGAACAAGCGGCUAUGUGAGCGUUGGUUGGAUAACCUGUUCAUGGUUCUCUACGAAGAUCUCCGGAUAUACACUAUCUGGCGCACAGAGAUGGGACAGUACCGCCAACAGCAGAUGCAGUACAAGAAGUCGGCUGCGGAGUGGGAGAUCCUGGGCGACCUUGCCGAACGGUUACAUCACACCAAUGAGGCACUAGAAGCCUAUCAGCAAUGUCUGAACAUUCGGUUCUCACCCAAGGCGAUGCGAGGCAUCAUGCGCAUGUAUGAGAAGAAAGGCGACACGAGGAGUACCCUGGCAUGUCUGAUCCGGCUGAUCACCUGGCAGUACAGAUGGUAUUCUGAGUUUUCUCCAGAGCUGUUCUACUCCAUCCGAAAACUGAUCGAGGAGGAAGGUGCUGUCAAAGUACGCAGCAUCGUGCAAUCGACCAAUCUCCCUCAGCAUGUCCUAGACUUGACCCACGAGUACUGUCAGAUAUGCGUCACGUUCAGAAGUAGCGGCACCGACGGGUGA